CUCAUUACUUCGCCAUUGCUAUUGCAUGCGUUAGGACACUUGUUGCCCAUCUAUCUGUCAAACACAUGUUUUCCGACAACAUAUUUAUGUGUUGGUGGAGUCUCGUAGUCGUAGUAAACCUGGAUUGAUUGCAUGUAGAUAGAUCACUGGCAGAAUCAAUGACACUAGAGCCGAGCAAAACGUUCAUCCGAGAGAUAGAAAGGAAUGAUGGCUCUACUCUGCACAUACACCAGCUAGAGGAGGGUGACGUUGGCUCUGUAGUCUGGGAUGCAGCUUUAGUGCUUGUCAAAUACCUAGAGAAGCAGACCCGCAGUGACAGUCUAAACGGAGACAAAACCUCGUUACUCGCUGGCAAAAACAUCUUGGAGCUGGGAUCGGGGACGGGAGUCGUCGGGAUAGAGGCUGCAUGCCACCAAGACACCUGUGUCACUAUCACCGAUCUAGCAACCUUUGUCCCGCUCAUGCAAUGCAACAUCAAACGGAACUGCCACCUCUUCCGAGGUCAGAUCCGUGCUAGAGAACUACAAUGGGGCUGUGAUGUUUCGCAGUUUGAUCCUGUUGACGUACUCUUGCUCGCCGACUGCGUAUACUACCGAGCAUCGAUCGAUCAGCUCCUGCAGACAGUGUGUGAAUUAGCUGAUGAGAACACGGUUGUUUACUGUGCCUAUGAGGAUCGAGAGAUAGGUAACAAAACAGAACUCCAGGAGUAUUUCCGUGCCGGUAUGGAAAAGGUGUUCAAUAUGACCAAGCUACCAAGUUCUGAAAUGGACCCUGUAUUCAGAAGUGAUGACAUACACAUCCUAAAAUUUUGUAAGCAAAAAUGAGUGGCCAGAAAAAUUUGUGAAUUUGUUUGUAAGAUGUUUGUCCUUAGCACGUCUUGCCACAAUGAAAAUGAAACUACAAUGAUAAAACAGUGUUAAUAUAAGCAAUAAAAACUACAUACAGAAUAAAUCAAUAUAAUGCUUGAAUUAUUUCUAUAAAUUUAUUGAGAACCCUGCCUUAUGAAAAAUAAACAAUUAUUUGAUGAUUCACAUUAUUCAUUGCGAAGAGCCUCUCGCUCAACGAGUAAAGAUCCGAUGUGCUCAUGUGAUUACUAUCAGCCAAUCAGAAUGAACCACUCCCAUUCACUUCCAGUCAUGUACGUAGCAUCUCACAUCCACUGUGAAAUUGUAUCUCUGUGAGAUAGACAAGGAAAUGAUUGCUGUCAUAAGAUAUGAGAUUGGGUACAAAACAUAUUCGUUAGCGACAAUAUUUCAGUUAUUCAAUAUUCAAAUUCACUAAUUCACUUGAAGGACCAAGGGCCCAUUGUCAGAAACAAAAUUAGCCUUUUAACAUUAGUCUUUUCUCAUAUACAUUUCUUUAGCCUUUUUCUCAUAUACUGGACCUCUAUAUACACUGCAUAUAUGAGAAAGUCAUAACUUUUUAACAUGUUUCUGUCAAUGGUCUAUGAGAAAAAUUGAAUGCCAGUUAAUAGCAUUAGUAUCCAUAUGUCGUAGCAUAUAUAUUUUGUUAAAAGUGUUUAUAAACAAUAAAGGAACACUAACAUUUAAGA